AAAGUGGUGCAGCCGCUCUUCGGGCCAGCACCCUAGGCCCGCCGGCUGCCAGCUGUCGCCGACAUGGAACCCGUGGCCAGCAAUAUCCAGGUCCGCAAUAUCCAGGUCCUGCUGCAGGCGGCGGAGUUCCUAGAGCGCCGUGAGAGAGAAGCCGAGCAUGGCUACGCGUCCCUGUGCCCUCACCGCAGUCCAGGCCCAGUCUACAGGAGGAGGAAGCGAUCCCCCCAAGCUUCUGGCGCGCUGGACAGUGGGCGGUCUGUGCACAACGAGCUGGAGAAACGCAGGAGGGCCCAGCUGAAGCGGUGCCUAGAGCAGCUAAAACAGCAGAUGCCCCUGGGGGCUGACUGUGCCCGCUACACCACACUGAGCCUUCUGCGCUGGGCCAGGAUGCACAUCCAGAAGCUGGAGGCGCAGGAGCGGCAGGCGCGGCGGCUGAAGGAGAAGCUGCGCAGCAAGCGACAGAGCCUGCGGCGGCAGCUGGAGCGACUCCGGGGGCCGGCGGGGCCGCGGGCACACAGCCUGGACUCUUCGGGCCUCUCCUCCGAGCGCUCGGACUCGGACCGAGAGGAGGCGGACGUGGACGUGGAGAGCCUGGCGUCCGGGGCCGAGGCCGAGCUGCCGUGGGGCUUCGGCGCGGGCCGGGAGCACAGCUACUCCCACGGCUGCAGCAGCUGGCUGUGA